GGAAUAACAAAAAGUUAGGACACAACCGUACACGACCAACACUCCUUUUAAAUGCAAGUCCACGCCAUGACCCUGGUAUAAGAGCCUUGCUAUUUCAUUUCCAUGCAUUCCUUUCAACUCCCGACCUUUCCAACUUGCAGAACCUCCUUGAGACUACGCGGAGAAGAAGCGCGAUGACCACCGCUGGCCCCAUCCGCCAUCCGGCCCUUCUCACUCGUUCUUUAGCCUUUACUCCUUCUCAUAUCAAUCACCACUUCCUACCUCCCAUGAAGCGGAGCGUCGAUCCCUACAAACCACCCGCGAGGAGUCUACAUUCGACACCACGAGGUGCCGCUGCUGCAGCAGCCACGGCUCAGAACAACUCAGCUCCCCCCACGACUGCUGCUGAAUCUGCCAUCCCUCACAUUUCCCUCCACAUUGCCGCCUCGUCCAGCGGCAAAGGCCGCAAGUUUCGACCCGAGCUGAGUACGUUUGACUUUAUCCCCAACAGCGGCACCGAUGCCGCUUUGGGCCUCCAGCAAGGGUCGACGAUGCAAGAGAAGAGAUCGCGACGUCCCGACAGCGGGCAAGACGCGUAUUUCGUGAGCCGCGUCGGAGGACGAGACUCCGAGGUGACGGCCUUUGCCGUGGCGGACGGGGUGGGAGGAUGGACCGAGCACGGCAUCGACCCGGCCGACUUUUCCCACGGUCUCUGCAGCCACAUGGUCGAGACGGCACUGUCGUGGGACCGACGAGAAGAGAGGUUGGGUCCCAAACAGCUGCUCCGGCUGGGGUACGAACGGGUCACGAACGACCCGGCGAUCAAGGCGGGAGGGACGACGGCGUGCGUGGCCGUCACCGAGCCCGACGGGCGCAUGCGGGUCGCAAACCUGGGGGACUCGGGUUUCCUGCAGCUGAGGCUGGGGACGGUGCACCACUGUUCCAACCCGCAGACGCACGCCUUCAACACGCCGUACCAGAUGAGCAUGACGCCGCCCGAGAUCCUCGCCCAGGCCAUGAUCUUUGGCGGCAUGCCGUUGAACGACGAGCCCGAGAAGGCCGACCUGGCGGACCACAUGCUGCGGCACGGCGACGUCCUCGUCCUGGCGACCGACGGCGUCUGGGACAACCUCAACUCCCAGGACAUCCUGUCGAUCGUGUCCAAGCACAUGCGCCUGUUCGGCGGGUGGUUGAGGUCGGAGGGUCAAGGGUACGCGACCUCCCCGGUCCUGCCCGAACUGGUCGACCGCUCGCUCGGGCCGCAGAAGCACAAACUGCCGGGCACGCUCCAGAGCGUGAUCGCGGCGGCCAUAGUCGGCGAGGCGAAGACGGCCAGUCUCAGCGCGAAGCGAGACGGGCCGUUCGCGAAAGAAAUGAAGAAGCAUUUUCCCUUCGACCCUUGGCACGGUGGGAAGGUGGACGACAUCACCGUUUUGGUGGUCAUUCCUGUCGACCAGGCCAAGGUGAGCUUGAAGCCCAAGUUGUAAUUUAUCACCACCCAUAGGUAUGGUCGGAACUGGCGGGGGGGCCGGGAACCACAUUCCCCUUUCCCCGAGGUGAACGGAAGGGGGAUAAGAAGGAAGAAAAGAAGCGGACCCCAAUCCCCCUGAUCAAGGGGCGAGAACUUGGAAACACCGACAGAGGGUUUCAAAUGUAUAUACAACUGUAUAUUGUACUCUCUUACAUCCCGAACGGAACAUCUUUGGUGGUGCUGAUGAUGGUCAACAGUACAGGACAGAGUAUGGCAUAUAGCAUGAUAUCAAAAUGGCCUGAGCGGUCCUUUUUGGAAAUUUUAGGUUCUUGUCUUGCAAAAUCUUGCUUGGGGCAGCAUAUGAGAUUGUAGAGAGUACACAGUAUCUGUACUCGAUAGUACUAACUGGAAAUAUUCCACAUCAU